AUCAACGAUAGCAUCGUCACGAGCGGAGAGUCAACUGCAAGCAUCAAAAUGUUGAAAGAGUUAGUGAGGGAGCGACUAAUUGCUGCCGCCGACGAAAUCUUCAGCUUGUUUGAAAGAACGAUAGCGUCGUACGAGGAGCAACUUUGUCGGGCGAGAGAGGAGAACGAGAAACAACGACGACAACUGGAAGAUGUCAGCAACACUAAGAUGUUGCUACACGUCCAAGACGUCCAGCUGCUGAUAGGGCAUCAGGAAGAACUUCCGCCGUCAGCCGCCAGGUUGGAGCACGACGAUCGAAAGCAACCGCAUGUCAAAGAGGAAGAGGAGGGUCCACAGCUGCCCCACAUUAAGGAAGAACAGGACAUCAAUUUGCCGCUGGCUGUUAUCUCAGAGGGCGACCAAGAAGAAGCACCCGACUGGUCACAGCUUCAACAUGACCACCAUGGAAGACCACCACCAGACAUCCACUUAGCUCCACAUUUUGGCCACACAGAAGGAUCUUUGAGGAACGAUGCAGUCUCCGACAACAAACGGUUGAUAAACGCUGAAAAGGAGACAACUCUUAACAACCAGAACACUUCUCAGACACGCAGGAAACGUCGCACAGCUAUAAAACGUUUCAGCUGCUCAGUUUGUGGCAAAAACUUUUGUUAUGGGUACAAUUUGACUCUACACAUUGCAACACACACGGGAGAACACCGCUUUAGAUGCACAGUUUGUGGUGAAGGAUUCAUUAAAAAGGCAAAUAUGUUAUCGCAUAUGAGAAAACACACGGAAGGAAAACCCUUUAGUUGUCCCAUUUGUGCUAAAAAAUUUCCUCAAAAGGUACAUAUGGACUCACACAUGAGAAUACACACGGGAGAAAAACCCUUUAGUUGCUCAAUUUGCGCUAAAAGAUUUACUCAAAAGGUACAUAUGGAUUUACACAUGAGAGUACACACGGGAGAAAAACCCUUUAGUUGCUCAGUUUGCGGUCAAACAUUUGCUCAGAAACAAAAUAUGAACACACACAUGAGAAUACACACAGGGGAAAAGCCUUUUAGUUGUUCAGUUUGUGGCAAUACAUUUGCACAAAAGGUCUCUUUGACGGCACACAAAGCAACACACACGGGAGAGAAACCUUUCACUUGCUCAAUUUGCAGCAAACCCUUUUCUUACAAGCACACUUUGAAAGCACACAUGCAGACACACAAAGGAGGAAAUCCUUUCACUUGCUCCGUUUGGGAUCAGACCGUUUCUAAAAGCUUUGAAAGCAAUGAAAAGAUAUAACAGCACAAUGCUAACAGGAAGAAAUGUGCCGCAAGCAGGCGACAGUAAACCAAAUACAAAACACACAAACAUGAACCAAGAAAUAAAGCACGCAGGCAACCAAAAUUAUGUAUUAUUAUGGCCAUUUGUGUGGGUUACAUUUUUUAACAGUUCCUGUGAGGUUUUACUCAGGGUUAGAAUUGCAAGGGGGCAGUUCAAAUGUUCUCUUAGUUCGUAUCAAUGUGAUAACAAGUCAAAAUAUGUUUUCUGUUGCUUUCAUUCUUUGCAGUAAAAACGAUUUGGAUUCUAACCUCCUUCCUGGCUCAUUCUAACCUCCUUCCUGGCUCUUGUCUUGAGAAAGAUGGCGGCCGUGUGACGUGUGGGAUGCCAUUUUAAGCCGUCUUCGACGCCGCCGCAAGAUGGCGGCCGUGCGAUGUCGCGGAUGUGAUUAGAAGCACCAUCGAAGAAGAAAAAGCCAGAAGUUGGCACGGCUUCAAUUGGAUAGCGACAAAGCGACAGGUUGAAGUUGAAAAGACAACAUCAAUAUGUUGAAAGAGUUGGUAAGGGAGCGACUCAUUGCGGCCGCCGACGAAAUCUUCGGACUGUUUGAGAAAACGAUAGCGUCGUACGAGGAGCAACUUUGUCACGUGAGAGAGGAGAACGAGAAACAACGUCGACGACAACUGGAAGCUGUUUACAAGAGUCAUAUUUUGCUAUGCGCACAAGGUCUUCUCACUAAAUGUCUACUCGACCAUUUAACACAUGGUUGGCAAACUUGUUUUCAUCGUGGGCCACGUAGCGUAGUUCUGGUUGCCGGUUAACGGUGAAACAACAAAUGUUAAAGCUGCAUGCGGCAUCCCCUAAAAAUUAUAUUUGACAUGGCUUGCAACGUUAUGGGGGGCACUUGGGGCAGGAUCUCAUCCAGGACCUGGAGAGGGCAUGCCACCCUUUUCCGACUGAGGACCACGGUCUCAGCCGCUUCACACUCAGCUGCGAACUGCUCCAGUGAGAGUUGGAGGUCACGGCUUGAUUAAGCCAACAGACCCACAUCAUCUGCAAAAAGCAGAGAUGCAAUACUGAGGCCACCAAACCGGACCCCUUCUGUCCAUAAAAGUUAUGAACAGAAUCGGUGACAAAGGGCAGCCUUGGCGGAGUCCAACCCUCACCGGAAACGAGCCCGACUUACUGCCGGAUAUGCGGACCAAACACUCACCCUGGUCGUACAGGGACCAAACAGCCCGUAUCAAGGGGUUCGGUGCCCCAUACUCCCGAAGCACCCCCCACAGGACUCCCCAAGGGACAUGGUCGAACGCCUUCUCCAAGUCCACAAAACACAUGUAGACUGGUUGGGCGAACUCCCAUGCACCCUCGAGGACCCUGCCGAGGGUGUAGAGCUGGUCCACUGUUCCACAGCCAGAACGAAAACCACACUGCUCCUCCUGAAUCUGAGAUUCAACUUCCCGACACCCCUGAAUAGACCUUCCAGGGAGGCUGAGGUGUCCAGAAGUCUUUCUCCAUGGCCUCACUGAACUCCUCCCAUGCCCGGGUUUUUGCUUCAGCCACCAGCAAAGCUGCAUUCUGCUUGGCCAGCCAGUACCCAUCAGCUGCCUCAGGAGUCCCACAGGCCAAAAAGGCCCGAUAGGCUUGACGGCAUACCUCACCAUUGGUGUCCACCAACGGGUUCGGGGAUUGCCGCCUCGACAGGCACCCACCACCUUACGGCCACAGCUCCGGUCGGCCACCAGGCGCCACCAGGCGCUCGCCUUCGAGCCCCACCUCCAGGCCUGGCUCCAGAGGGGGCCCCGGUGAGCCGCGUACGGGCAAGGGAAACCUGAGUCCAUUGUUUGUCGUCAUCAUAAGGGGUCUUUGAGCCGUGCUUUGUCUGGUCCCUCACCUAGGACCUGUUUCCCAUGGACGACCCUGCCAGGGGCAUAAAGCCCCAGACCACUUAGCUCCUAGGAUCAUUGGGACACACAAACCCCUCCACCACGAUAAGGUAACAGCUCAAGGAGGGGCUUUUAGUUGCCCAGUUUGUGGUGAAAAGUUUUGCCCGUAAAUAAACUAUGCGUAGACACAUGAGAAUACACACGGGAGAAAAGCCUUUUAGUUGUUCCGUUUGCAUUGACACAUUUGCUCAGAAGGUCUCACUGACUGCACACAAAGCAACACACACAGGAGAAAAACCUUUCAUCUGCUCAGUUUGUGGUAAAAGCUUUUCUUAUAAGCACGGUUUGAAAGCACACAUGCAGACACACAUGGGACAAAAGCUUCGACAGUGAAAAUGCGUAAGAACUACAAUGCCAACAGACAACAACACCUGAAUGGGUCCAAAACCAACUACAGUAAUUUCCCGCUAGUCACAGUGAGUAGUUGACUCCUAAAAAUGUUUAUAAUUGCUUUUAUUCAUGGUUUAAAUUGUAAAUCCCAAAACAGCCUAAUAUAAUUACAAAUAAAUUUUACAUUGCCCUUAUUAAUAAAUUGGUUACAGAUAAUUUUAUUCUUGUUUUUUUAAUGCACUGUGCAUGUACAUACAUGGACAUGUGGCAAAGACUAAUUUCGUUGCGCAAAAAACGCAAAUAGGUGUGUGUGUGUGUGUGACAGAAAAUAAUGAAUUUGUGAAUAGUGAACCUUGGCGAUGCAGGGAUUACUGUGUGCAAAACGCAGGCAACCGGAAUUGUUUAUGUUUAUUGUGAGCAUUUGGGAGUUCAUUAUAUGGAGUUUUUAAUGCUCACUCGGGGUAUAACAGUCAU